CACAAGCUAAGCAAGUCUGUCACCAAUGAGGGCCACUCACUUCCGUUAACUAAACCGCCACAACGAACACAGAGGCAGCCAGAGAGGUUCCUUCAAUAGUGAGUUCGAGGAUAAUAAUGUUGAUAACGGUCAGAGGACCCUUUUCUUCUUCUUCUCCGCUCUGCUUCAACAGCUUCUCUUAUCCAACGCUGAAACGUUCAGUAUGCAAACCCAGAUUCUCUGUUCCCAGAAAACCCAACAGCAUUACUUGUUGGAAGCUUGGCGUUCUAUCCAGCAGCUCUGAAGCCUCAGUUUUUGAUCCCUUGGGUAUAAAUUCAGAUGUACAUUCUGGUCUAAAUGCUACCUUGGAUAAUUUCCUAUGGCUAUUUUCAAAACCGUUAGAGAGUGCUUCAAGUUCUAAGAAGGAGAAAUCUAACUCCACUCGAGGUUUAGCAGCUGCCAUAGAAGACAGUUCCAUUGAUUUUGGAGACUUUUUCAAAGGCCCGUUACCAGGGAAGUUUCUCAUGCUGUUGGGAUAUCUGGCCUUAUCUCGACUUGGAAUAUAUAUACCUCUUGGUGGGGUAAACCGUGACGCUUUUGUUGGAAAUUUGGACCAGAACAGUUUGUUGAGCACUUUGGAUUCAUUUUCUGGAGGCGGCAUUGGCCGACUUGGUAUAUGUUCACUUGGUAUUGUUCCCUUCAUCAAUGCCCAGAUUGUCUUCCAGCUCCUUGCACAAGUAUAUCCCAAGUUGCAGGAUCUUCAGAAAAAAGAAGGUGAAGCAGGAAGAAAGAAAGUUCUGCGGUAUACACAAUAUGCUUCGGUUGGGUUUGCAGUAGUCCAGGCAAUUGGCCAAGUAUUCUUCCUUCGCCCAUAUGUCAAUGACUUCAGUAUGGAGUGGGUUCUCUCAUCUGUGAUCUUAUUGACUCUUGGCUCAGUAUUGACAACAUACAUUGGAGAACGAAUCUCAGACCUAAAACUUGGGAAUGGCACAUCUCUUUUGAUAUUCACAAGCAUCAUCUCCUACUUUCCAGCAUCUGUUGGUAGGACUGUUGCACAGGCAUUCCAAGAUGGUAACUAUGUUGGACUCGCCACCAUCAUUGCCUCCUUUUUUCUGUUGGUCCUUGGAAUUGUGUAUGUUCAGGAAGCAGAAAGGAAAAUUCCAAUUAAUUAUGCCUCAAGGUACACCAGCAGAAGUGCAGGUCCUCAAAGGUCUGCUUACCUCCCCUUUAAGGUAAAUAGUUCUGGAGUAAUGCCAAUAAUAUUUUCUACAUCAUCAUUAGCUCUUCCUGGCACUUUAGCACGCUUCACUGGUUUAGCUCCAUUGAAAACGGCUGCAGUGGCUUUAAAUCCAGGGGGUUCAUUCUAUCUCCCCACCAACAUCCUUUUAAUAGCCUUCUUCAACUACUACUACACUUUCCUACAAUUGGAUCCUGAUGAUGUAAGUGAACAGUUGAAGCGCCAAGGAGCAUCAAUUCCACUUGUACGGCCGGGUAAAAGCACAGCUGCAUUUCUUAAGACGGUUUUAAGUCGAAUAUCAGUUCUAGGUUCAGCCUUUCUAGCAAUCUUGGCUGCUGGUCCUGCUGUUGUCGAACAAGUCUCACACCUUACUGCAUUUCGGGGAUUUGCGGGCACAUCUGUUCUCAUUCUUGUUGGUUGCGCAACUGACACUGCACGUAAAGUUCAAGCUGAGAUAAUUUCUCAGAAGUACAAGAACAUAGAGUUUUAUAACAUUGACAAGUAUGACCCAUAAGAGAUGAGAAGCUAUCCCCAGCAGAAAGGUUGGGUUAUAUAUAUGCAAAGGAAGCACGUAAUGGGAUAGGGCUCAAUAUGAAGUUAUGAACAGAUUUUCAUACGUUAGGUAUGCUAAGUUGGUCGGUCAUGUGCGAGGUGAUUCUUCAGUUUUCUGAAUGUACAUUAAUGGACAUAGAGAUCAACUGAAGCUUGUACAUAUUACUGAAGCUUGUGCCCAUUUUUAUUGAUAAGAUGUUUGUGAAUUCAUUC